UUGGUUUUCAACUGCAGUGUAAUGUAACGUAUCAUGUGAAAGCACAAAUCCACUAACUAGUAAAAUGAGGGAUUAUUUCCAUUGCUCAUCUGCUGGCAGAGAUUUCUCUAAAUUGGAUCACGCUGAUUAGUAUUAGAAUGACGCAUUGUAGAUCCAGCUUUAAUCAUUUGAAACCUUGAAGCUGUUUCUCCUUUGCAUGGAAGGGACCACUAGAAAUAGUUGCAUGUGCUAUUUGCCAAUAAUCCUUUUUUUAUUUAUUGUGAAAUUUGUUGAUUCUUGCCCCUAGGAAAACCUACCCACAUUUCUCCUCCUUCAGGCUCGGCAAGAUGGAGGGGCCAAACCAUGGCUCAGUUAGAGCUACGCCAUUUGGAAUCUUCAAGGCCUGAAUGGUGGCAGAUCUUCCUGAAGUUGUUCUCUUUCCAAAACAGGAUUAUUAUUUUUUUGUGAAGUCUUGGUGAGCCCAACACUGCAAAGAUGGCUGUGAUGAAAGUCAAGUUCAACCAGAAGAAAAGAGUAAAACUAGCACAAGGACUAUGGCUCAUGAACUGGUUCUCCUUGUUUGCUGGGAUCGUUGUUUUCUCUAUGGGAUUGUUCUUGAAAAUUGAGCUCAGGAAACGAAGUGAAGUGAUGGACAACUCUGAAAGCCACUUUGUGCCGAAUUCCUUGAUAUUGGUGGGUCUCCUAGCCUGCGUGUUCAAUGGUCUUGCAGGCAAGAUCUGUUACGAUUCUCUGGAUCCUGCUAAAUUUGCAAAGUGGAAGCCUAUCUUGAAAGUGUACCUAGUGUUGUGUGUGUUCUUUAACGUCUUCAUUCUCUUCGUGGUUCUCAUUUGCUUUCUGAUGAGGGGUUCCCUGGAUAGUACAUUAGCGCAUGGUCUAAAAAAUGGCAUGAAGUUCUAUCGAGAUACAGAUACUCCAGGGAGGUGCUUCAUGAAGAAGACAAUCGACAUGCUCCAGAUUGAGUUCAAAUGUUGUGGAAACAAUGGUUUUAGAGACUGGUUUGAGAUCCAGUGGAUCAGCAACAGAUACUUGGAUUUUGGUUCUAAGGAAGUGAAAGAUCGCAUUAAAAGCAACGUGGACGGCAGGUACUUGGUGGAUGGCGUCCCCUUCAGCUGCUGCAACCCAAGUUCGCCACGACCUUGCAUCCAGUACCAGGUCUCUAACAACUCAGCUCACUACAGCUAUGACUUUCAAACCGAAGAGCUCAAUCUAUGGAACCGCGGCUGCAGGGAGGCUCUGCUUAAAUACUACAGCAACAUGAUGAGCUCCAUGGGAGUCAUCGUCCUCUUUGUCUGGCUCUUUGAGAUGUUGGUGAUGAUAGGGUUGCGGCUGCUGCAUACUUCCCUGGAGAGCAUUGCCAAUCCAGAAGAUCCAGAAUGUGAGAGCGAAGGCUGGGUGCUGGAGAAGAGCCUGAAAGACACUUUCAAAUCCACCCUGGAAAAUUUGAAAAAUAUUGGUAAGUUGAAUCAGGUGGAUGCAGGCGCAGAAGGGACAGAAGGCGACGGCGCGAAAACCCAAGCUGUCUCAACCGUCAGUUGAGUUUAUUGGCUGAAAAGACUGUUACCGAAGACUGAGAUUUGUGAAUAUUCAGUUUUUAAAAAGAUACAAGCUGUCGCAGCU